UGGGUCCAGAGUCUCCACACAGUACGAUCGAACUGUUAAACUGAAGGAUUUCCAGAGCUUGCAGAGUACACAGUGCAGUACCGGUACUGAUAGUCUGACCAACGCCCCUGUGAAGUACACAGUGUGGUCCUGGUACCAUGGAGACUCCCCCAGGUCUCUCUCUCGUCUCUGUGUUGUCUCUGUUAGGUUGUAGCCUCCAGGUGUUGGCGGCUGCCCUCCUCACACACAGGUAUGGUGGGCGGAGUUCACCCACUGACAGGUGGAUCCUGCUGUGGCUGUUCUAUGAUGUCAUCGUCCACCUGACGCUGGAGGGUCCAUUUGUGUACAUGUCUCUGGUUGGGACCGUGGAGGAGUCUGAAGGUCCUCUGGCUGAACUCUGGAAGGAGUAUGGUAAAGCAGACACUCGCUGGUUGGUUUCUGAUCCAACGAUUGUCUCUGUGGAGAUCCUGACGGUCGUCCUCGACUCUUUGCUAGGUGUGCUGUUGAUACAUGCAGUACUCAGGGACAAGUAUUACAGACACUUUCUGCAGGUCACUCUGAGCGUGUGCGAGCUGUACGGUGGCUGGAUGACUUUCUGUCCUGAUUGGCUGCUGGGCAGUCCUCACCUGAACACGUCCAACCCGCUCUACCUCUGGCUCUACCUGGUCUUCUUUAAUGGACUCUGGGUCCUGGUUCCAGUCUUGCUGCUGGUCCAGUCCUGGUUGCGUCUCAAGAGUCUGAACGCUGUCAGAGAAGACGCAACCCGGGCCGACAAGAAGAAGCUGUAGAGACA